CAAUACGACAUUGACAUUAGCGUCCUAGCGAGUACCUUUUACGGGAAGGUUAUUGCCGUAGCGGCCCCCUAGUGGCCUUUCUGUUCUGAUUUCGUAGCCAGUAGUGAGCGCACCACCUUAGUGUCACUAGCCACCAUCAGCAACAGCAGCACCCCCCCGCGGUUGGGUAGCAGGUAGUAGUGUUGAGUAGUUAUAGUACACACUAGGCUCCCCCCACCCGAAGCACUCUAGCCUCGUGUAACGGCGACACCUAGCCUUUGAUUAACGAUGGCCGAGGGCACCUACGAGUACGAGUGUAUGCGGGCGGAGCUGCUCGGUUUGGCUCGACCCAGCCGGGAGCAGUUCGAGGAGCAGCAGAAGCUAAAACAGGAGGUGGAAGAGGAGGAACAGCUCACCGAGCAGCUGAAGGAAGUCGAUCUACAGGAUGAAACCGUUCAGGGUACGUCCGGUAAGAUGGACGAGCUGAACAGCAUCCUGACGGCGACGCAGCAAAAGAUCAACAAGUUCAAGGUGGCCUGCGGUAGUCUGACCAGUCUGCUGAAACUACGACCUUCGACACCGAGCAAUGAUCCAGCGUCCGGUGGUGGUGCUGGCUCUGGUUCAGGGAAUGCUGGCGCUGAUGAAGGGAAAUCCAUCAACGAUGCGCUCGAUACACUUGACACGAUGAAGGACCUGAAUACGGCUUCCGAUGCCUCAGUAGCAAAGUCGGCCGCCAAGGACAUUGGCCAGAAGAUGACAUCGCAGCUCGAUAAGCUCGAUUCGCUGCUGUACAAGGCGGACAACGCCACCUACUCGAUGAAACAUCAGACGAAUCAGAUGAACAAGAUCGCCAAGUGAGCAGGAGGAGGGUCACAGGGCCGUGUGCGCCCAGGGGUCGCUAUCAUCGAAGUACAACGUACAACGAAACAGCACAUCGAGCACACCUCGGAGUGACACAGUUACAUUACACCAAGCAAAAAGCAACCACAUUAUGCCGGACUAGGGGAUAAGGUUCAGCAGGCGAGCGUAUGCAGCGUACGCCACGUUUUGCCCAUCUAGUAGCCUCCUUCUCUUCCACGCGCUGCGUCUUUCGAUUCGUUUACUGUGCGCGCUACCGUGGGGAUUGAUUGCAUCGCAGCAACCACAGGCGGAUGCGCUCUGUACGCUGCAGCCUCUCUGUUU